CCCCGGAGGCCAGGCCAGGCCGCGGCGGGGCCCCUGGGGGGGCGCUUCGGCCCUGCGUCCAGCCCCAGCCCUUGGGCUCCGGAGACUUUGUCACCAUUGCCCAGGGUAUCCAGGGCCCCCAUCUUCCUCCCCGACACCUCCACCCAUCUGACUGACUGGCCGCCAUGCGCCUGCCCGGGGCCGCCGCCUCUCCCUGCGGCCUGGCCUGGGGGCUACUGGUCCUGGGCCUCUGCAGUCUGGCAGCAGCAUCCCCAACCCUGCUGGUGCCCCCAUACCACACGGAGAACCGAACCUGCCAGGACCCAGAAAAGGAGUACUACAUGCCCAAACACCAGGUCUGCUGCUCCCGCUGCAAACCAGGCAUGUAUGUCUCCUUCGAGUGUAACCUCGACCAGGACACAGUUUGCACCGUGUGCCCUGAAAAUUCCUACAACGAGCACUGGAACCACCUCUUCAUCUGCCAGAUGUGCCGGCCCUGUGAUCACGUGCUGGGCUUCCAGGAGGUCCUGCCUUGCACCAGCAAACAAAAAACCCAGUGCCGCUGCCAGCCAGGAAUGACCUGCUCUUUCCAGAACCUUGAGUGUACACACUGCGAGCCGCUUCCAGACUGCGAACCCGGCACUGAAAUCGACCUGAGAGAUGAUGGGGAAGCUACUGGCUACUGUGUAGCCUGUAAGGCUGGAUACUUCCAGAAUACCACCUCCUCCAGUGCUCGCUGCAGGCCCCACACCAGAUGUGAGGACCAGGGCAUGGUGGAGGCAGCCCCAGGCACCCCCCUGUCUGACGUCAGCUGCAGAAAUGCACCAGAACCACCUGAUGUGACAGGAACCAUGCUGCUGCUGGCCAUCCUGCUGCCCCUGGUGUCCUUCAUGCUGCUCACCAUUCUCCUCACCUGCGUCUGGAAGAGCCACCCCUCUCUCUGCAGAAAGCUGGGAUCUCUGCUCAAGAGGCAUCCAGAGCAGCGGGUGGAAGUGAAUGCUGCUGACGGAAACUGGGAGCCUCCCCGAGUCAACCCACACUUCCCUGACCUGGUAGAGCCAUUGCUGCCCCUCUCCGGAGACUUGUCCCUGGCCUUGACUGGGCACCCAGCAGCCUCGGUUGUGGAGAAGGAAGUGCUACAACAGCAAAGCCCUCUGGUCCAGGCCGUGGAGCUGGAGGCUGAACUCCCAGAGCAAAGCCAACUGGCCCACGGUACAAAUGGCAUCCACGUCACCGGCGGGUCUGUGACUGUCACUGGCAACAUCUACAUCUACAAUGGGCCAGUCCUGGGGGGAGCCCGGGGCCCUGGUGACCCCCCAGCUGCCCCGGAGCCUCAGUACCCCAUCCCGGAAGAGGGUGCUCCUGGCCCUCCAGGGCUCUCUACACCCUACCAGGAAGAUGGUAAAGCUUGGCACCUGGCGGAGACAGAAACCUUGGGGUGCCACGCUCUCUAACAGGACCAAAGACCCAGUUCGUCACCCAUGUCUGCGGUGUCUGGGAAAAGCCAGAAGAGAGGGUCAAGAGCACCCUCUCCCCAGCCUGCCCCCCCCACACAGGAUUGACAGAGGACCUGGGUAGGGCUGAAGGCAGAGCUCCAGGGGCCAGGCCUCUGACACCUCUCUGAGAACAAGACUGGCACUGACUGGGGCAAAGAAGGACUCAGCAAGGCAGAGACUUCGCGGCAGAUGCCCCUGCCUGCUGGGCUGUGCCAGCUCCGCUUCAGGCACAGGUGGGGCCUGUGGCCCUGACUGCGCCCCACCGGCUCUCUGCACCCCAAGCCCGCCACAGAAGGGAGCCCGCCACAUGGUCCCUUGUGAGGACAUCGCUGGGAAACUCUAAGGGAUUCUGGUGCUCAUCCCAAGCUUUGGAGGCCCUCGCGGGCCCACGUUUUCUAUGGACUGAGGAAGACCCUCUCUGGAGUUGUCACUGUGUGAAGAAGCCCCACCCCCACCCCUCCUUUCCCAGGGAAGAAAGGGUUUCUUGAAAGACUGGGAGUUUGGUUUGGGUUUCUAGGGAUAAGCGAGAGUUCUGGAGAGGAGGAAAAUAGUAAGUGUAUUUAUCAACUGUAACCACAUGCAAAUAAAGAAGAGAUUGAGAACUAGAUUAUUUUCUUGGGAUUUAGAUAGAAAGGCUAUUCCAUGGGGACAGUGCCUAAAGUCAGAACAUUAUAAUGUAACCCCCACAUAGGUAUUAUUUUUAAUAAUAG